GUCCAAGAUCUGACCUCAGUGUGGUCUGAUGACAUCACAUGUUGACGUCGCUGAGGUUUUUGAAGAAUAACAAAGUUUUCUAGGAAGACCUCACAGGUUGCUUUGUAUUUUUUUUUAAACUGACCCUAUCAGACCUGGAUCUCAUUGUGGACCACAGGAGCCUGGUACGGUGGACCAGUCUGGUUCUGAUGAAAUAAAAACAUUUAUUGAUGGAUAAAGACAGGGCAUGAACUGUUGAUAGAAAUGUUAGCUACACUUAAAAUUACAAUACAUGUUGAUGCUGUUUAUUGUUAGCACGAAUGCAAACGAAAAGUCAGGAUCAGUACAUUCGCCGGAGUUAGGAUGAGGUCAAUAACUAUGUCACUGUUACUCAAUACGUUCAAAGGCAGGAUUAACAAAGGCGAGUUUAAAUGAAACUAGCAGCAAUACGAUUUGGAUACUGUGCAGUAUUAGCACGUGAACCGUAGUUAAUUUUUUAUUUUUAUUUUUUUUAAUUAUUUCCUGCUCAUGUUGGUUAUUUUGAAAACGUCACCCCGUGAACCGGAAACAAAUAAAUGUACUUCCUGUUUCCGUCAACACACGUGUGUUUUUGAAUGUGCGCAGACAGCCGAGUGCAGUCUUACAGUCAGACUGGAAGUUUUAUAAACAUUCCUUCAUUCGGUUUAGCAUUAUUUUAGCGCAUAUCAAAUUCUUAGUCCGCCGUUCGCGUCGUUUUCGGCUGCGCCAUGUUCGAAGAACUGGGUCUGAUCGGAACUAUCCAGGAUGAGGAUCACAGUCCAGAGGAAAUCGACAGCCAGUCUGAAGAAGAGGAGGAGAAGAUUGUCCUGAAUAGAAAGAAGAAACUGAAAGGUUCUGGGUCCAGAGACUUCAACAGUGACUUUGUGUUUCGGGAGAGAGACACUCUGACCUGUGAUGAUGCGUGGGUGUCAGCCGACGUGAUGAAACAGCUGAAGAUCAAGAGAACUUUGACAACUCUGGACCAGAAAAUAGAGAAGAUCAGGAAAAAGAGGAAAGCAGAGGAAAAAGUGUGUCAGUCAGAUCCUGCUGAGGUUCCCUCAGGGAAGAACCAGGAGGAUGGCAAAGAACCUGUGAGAACUGAGGACGCUGACAAAGAUGAAGAAGAUGACCAGGUGGAGGACGAUGAUGAUGAUGAUGAUGAAGAGGAGGAAGAUGAGUUUGACACAAGCGAUGAGGAAGUUCUGACCAAAUCAGAUGUUCUGAGGGAGAAGGAGCAACGAGGGAAGAGGAAGAAAGCCGCAAGGAAGGCUGCAGAGUCAUUCUCUGAAGACGCAUCUCAGUUCGAUGAUCAGCUGACCUUCGAUGGCAUGAACCUGUCCAGGCCCAUCCUGAAGGCCAUCACGGCUCUGGGCUUCAAACAGCCGACCCCCAUUCAGAAGGCCUGUGUUCCAGUGGGUCUGCUGGGUAAAGACCUUUGUGCCUGUGCUGCUACUGGAACAGGGAAGACGGCAGCCUUCAUGUUGCCAGUGUUAGAGCGUUUGGUCUAUAAACCCAGGACGUCCCAGGUGACACGGGUCCUAGUUCUGGUUCCCACCAGAGAGCUGGGGAUCCAGGUUCAUUCUGUGGCUCGACAGCUGGCUCAGUUCACCUCGAUCACCACCUGUUUGGCCGUCGGUGGGUUGGACCUAAAGUCUCAAGAAGCAGCUUUAAGAGCGGGCCCCGAUAUUCUUAUUGCUACGCCUGGUCGACUGAUCGAUCACCUGCAUAACACACCGAGCUUUGAGCUUUCUCACAUCGAGAUCCUGAUCCUGGAUGAGGCUGACAGGAUGCUGGAUGAGUACUUUGAGGAGCAGAUGAAGGAAAUCAUCAGGUUGUGUUCCUACAACAGACAGACCAUGUUGUUUUCAGCCACCAUGACUGAGGAGGUGAAGGACCUGGCUGCGGUUUCGUUGAAGGAACCUGUCAGAAUCUUUGUGAACAGCAACACCGACGUUGCUCCGUUUCUGAGACAGGAGUUUGUCAGGAUCCGAGCCAACAGAGAGGGAGACAGAGAGGCUGUGGUAGCGGCUCUUUUGACCAGGACCUUCCAGGAUCAUGUGAUGGUGUUCACUCAGACCAGGAAACAGGCUCACAGACUCCACAUCCUGCUGGGGCUGGUGGGUCUGAAGGUUGGAGAACUCCAUGGAGAACUGAGUCAGAGCCAGAGACUGGAGAACCUCAGGCGAUUUAAAGACGAACAGAUCGACAUCCUGGUGGCCACAGACGUAGCAGCCAGAGGUUUGGACAUUGACGGUGUCAAAACGGUCAUAAACUUCACCAUGCCAUCCACCAUCAAACACUAUGUCCACAGAGUUGGACGCACAGCCAGAGCUGGGCGCUCGGGGCGCUCUGUCUCUUUAGUCGGAGAAUCAGAAAGGAAGACGUUAAAGGAAGUGGUGAAAAGUGCCCGGAACACUGUGAAGGCUCGAGUCCUCCCUCCAGAUGUUAUCCUGAAGUUCAGAGAUCUCAUCAGCAAACUGGAGAAAGACGUCUAUGCUGUGAUGAAGCUGGAGAGGGAAGAGAGGGAGCUGGCUGCUUCUGAGGCCAAGUUGAGUGUGGCUCAGAAGCGUCUGGACGGCUCUGCCUCGUCCUCUCAGACCCAGAGAGUCUGGUUCCAGACUCAGCAGGAGAGAAAACAAAGUCGCAUGUCUAAGGCCCUGCAGGAGUUUGACCUGGCUCUGCGUGGGAAAAAAAAGAGACAGAAGUUUGUGAAGGACAGCAAGAAGAAGGAGCUGACGUCUGAGGAACGCGCUCAGUUUGAGAUCCUAAAGGCUCAGAUGUUUGCUGAGCGAUCAGCCAAGAGAGAGAGAAAACCAAAGAGAGCACGAGCGAUGCCGGAGGAUGAGGCACCCUCAAAAGCAGCCACUCAGACAACAAGAAAAGGAGGCAAGACGUCGGCAUUCGACAAAGAGCUGACCAACACAAGCAGGAAAGCUCUGAAGAACUACAGAGCAGGGCCAUCCUUUGCUGACAGGAAGCGUCUGGGUCUGAACAGGAAGUCUAACAGUAGCUCCAGUUGGCAGGUCAUUGGCAUGAUGUAACCAGACUUUCUUAAUGAAUUGAUGGGAGAUGAUGAUGUAACCACGAACAUCGUAAGUGGGGGACGUCAUAAACUGACAAAAGUUUCCUGGUCACCAUUUGAAUGUUUGUUGAACUUCGACCCUC